UUGUUUGACGAUUUUGAAAAUAAACAAUUGAUCAAAUCAAAAUAAAAAUGGCGGCUCCGCAGCAACAAAAACAUAUGCCUAAAGAUGGUCAAGUAAUUUUAUCGAUAAUGAAAGACAUGGGGAUUACUGACUAUGAGCCGAGAGUUAUUAAUCAACUGCUAGAAUUCACUUAUCGGUAUGUAACAUUUGUUUUGGAUGAUGCAAGAGUGUACGCCAACCAUUCCAAGAAGAAAACAAUUGACCUGGAGGAUACGAAACUAGCUGUGCAAAUGAUAGUUGACCAGUCUUUUACAAUGCCUCCACCCAGAGAGCUGUUGCUGGAAGUGGCCCGCAGCAAGAACUGCCUGCCGCUGCCCCUCAUCAAGCCGCACUGCGGCAUUCGACUGCCCCCGGACCGCUACUGCCUCUUCAGCUGCAACUACCACCUCCGCAACACCAAGAAGAGAGUUGUGCAGCCUCACCAGAAGCAGAUGAUGCACCACGCGGGCAGCGGGGGGUUCCUGGGCGGCCCGACGAUGGGGCACGCGGGGCUCGGCGGGGGCCCGGGGAAGACCCACGGGAAGCAGCAGCAGCCGGGGAACGUGUCGAUAGUGAAGCUGCCCAGCACGCUGGCCACGGUGGCACGCACCCAGGCCGUCACCAUCCCCAAGCCCGUCAUCAAGUUCUCCUCGGGUGCGACAACAGGGAAGCCGGUAGCAAAACCCAAAAUUCAGAUCUCCUCCGCGCCUGUGAUGUCAGUCGGCAAGAGCGAAGACAUCAUGACGGGAACAAAGCGGAAGCACGAAGAUGACGAUUACGAUGUUGAGUGAAUGUGGCUACGACUCAGUCUCGUGACAUUAUUUCACUACAGUUUGCAAAACUAUGAAAAUGGUUAAGAAACACAAUCAGCAGUGCAAAGGAUUGGUAGUUGGAACAACUAUCCGUACACCUCUAAUUAUCUGUGUGUCAAUUUGUCCAUUUCUGUUGUAAAUAUACCUGAAGGAUAAAUAUUCAAAUUAAAUGGUUCUUUUGGUUUUUGUUCAUUAAAAUUUUCAAGACUGUACCAACACUUUGUUUUCUAAAAUACAAAUCUGUAAACUGAGAAACUGUGGGCUUAGACCAUUAUUUACAUUGUUAUUGUCAAAGCCAUUUCCGGGAUUGUUGUGAGGGCUAUUGAAUAUCAAGGUAAAUUAAUGCUCUUGUAUUUGUUGAAAUAUUUCUUGUGCGCAAACAAAGGUCAUACAUAUUUACAUCUCUUGUUCAUAGGUUGUUAUAAAGUGAGACACCUAGGUGCCCACACAAAGUAUACUUGCUGGGUGGAGAAAAGUGUUUCAACAACUUUAAUACAGUAAAAUAUUGUUAAGGAGUUUCCUUGCUUAAUAAGUAGUUAUAAAUAUUAUAAAUAUAUCAUCACUAUUGAGCCUUGUGUACUUUAUUCUAAGAUGAGGUACCUUGGUAUGCAAUCUUAUGUUCGUUUAAUAAUAGCUGAUGUACGAAUGAAUCCACCAAAUAUUCAGGAUUUAACUUAAAUCCUUCAACUUAAAUAAAUUUGUAUAUAUAUUUUUGGAGGUUUUUUUUAAAUAACAAUCUCGAAAAGGGUGAAAAAAUUGGUACCAUAUUUAUUCACUUAUGGGUCGCACAUUUUUGUGUCAAUUUUUUGUUUAAUAACAUGUACUGCAACCCUUAUUCAAAUUUUUUUUUUCAUUUUAGGUAAAAAAAAAAUUAACAUUGUACAGUGUGGUUGAAUAUGUGCAUAAGUAACUAGCCUAUGUUGGUUUUAAAUAAAUAUGUUUCGAGUAAGUAUAAAGUGUUUGAUU